GCUCGAACCCAGUACGGCCCGAUCAUCUCCGUCUGGUUCGGCUCCACCCUCAACGUCGUCGUCUCCAGCACCGCGCUCGCCAAGGUGGUCCUGAAGGAGCACGACCAGCAGCUAGCGGAUCGGCACCGGAGCAGGUCGGCGGCCAAGUUCAGCCGAGACGGCCAGGAUCUGAUCUGGGCCGACUACUGCCCCCACUACGUCAAGGUGAGGAAGGUUUGCACUCUGGAGCUUUUCACCCCAAAGAGAUUGGAAGGGCUGAGGCCGAUUCGGGAGGAUGAGGUCACCGCCAUGGUUGAGUCCGUUUACCGCGACUGCUCCGAUUCCGUGGAGAGUGAAAAGAAUUGGAAUUUGCCGUUUCCUUAUUUGGGGGGUUUCUUCAAGGCGCUGACCCUGAUUCAGCUGGGUUCGAGCCAGGCCGCGGUGGUGGUGUUGCCGACGGUGACGACGGAGGAGGAGGAGGAGAAAGCCAUGGUGGUGGUCGGAACGGCGACGGAGGAAACGACGGCGGAUCGGAGUAGUCAUAGUCAACCCGAGGUUUCGUUUCUUCUCCUCUAUUCCACUUCCCGCCGGCGGUUCAAGGACAGACGAGAAGAGCGGCGUCGGGCUAUUUAUCGCUGCCUGCUCAUUAUCGCUGCCGCUCAGCUCUUCACGGCAGCUUUUGCAGACACUCGAUCACUAAAUUUUUAUCUAGCCUCCGGGAAGGGUAGCUGGAUGCUGGUUUCGCUCCUCUGGAAAUUGCACUCCGCUUCACGCCGGCGCGCUUUCUCAUCGCUUCCCUUCGCCCGAAUCGCCAUGGCUACUCCCGGGGGGCAUCCUAAAGAUGAAGUGUACCUUGGUGCAGUGAUUCCCAAGCGCAUCCAGCUCUUCCAGGCGAUCCAGUCGCAGCAGAAGUCCCAUCUCGAUUCCCUCCCUCAUGACCCUAUCAGAGUUACUUUGCCGGAUGGGACAGUGAAGGAAGGUAAGAGAUGGUCAUCGAGUCCGCUGGACAUUGCAAAGGAGAUUUCCAAGAGUUUGGCAUCUAAUGCGUUGAUCUCUCAAGUUAAUGGAGUGUUGUGGGAUAUGAAGAGGCCAUUGGAAGGCGAUUGCGAGUUGAAAUUGUUUACUUUCGAUAGCGAUGAAGGGCGUGAUACUUUUUGGCACUCUAGCGCUCACAUUCUUGGCGAGUCACUGGAACAAACAUAUGGUUGCAAGCUUUGCAUUGGACCUUGCACCACCAGAGGGGAGGGAUUCUACUAUGAUGCGUUCUAUGGGGAAUUAGGUUUAAAUGAUGAACACUUCAAGCAAAUUGAAGCUGCAGCCUCAAAAGCUGUCAAGGAAGGACAAGAUUUUGAGCGCAUUGAAGUUACCAGGGAUGAGGCCCUUGAGAUUUUCUCUGAUAACAACUUUAAGGUUGAAAUCAUAAACGACCUGCCUUCAGACAAAACUAUUACUGUGUACAGAUGUGGUCCGCUGGUGGAUCUGUGCCGUGGUCCCCAUAUCCCAAACACAUCCUUUGUAAAGGCAUUUGCAUGCUUGAAGUUGGUUUUAAUAUUUGGAAUUUUGCAGGCUUCUUCUGCCUACUGGAGGGGGAACAAAGACCGUGAAAGUUUGCAGAGGGUCUAUGGAAUAUCAUACCCUGACCAGAAGCGUCUGAAGGAGUAUCUUAAAAACCUGGAAGAAGCAAAGAAGUAUGACCACAGAUUGUUGGGGACAAAGCAGGAACUUUUCUUUUGUCAUCCAUUGAGCCCUGGAAGUUGGUUCUUCCUUCCUCAUGGGACACGGAUUUACAACAAGCUAAUGGGGUUCAUAAAAUCUCAAUAUAUCCAGAGGGGUUAUGAGGAGGUCAAAACCCCAAAUAUGUAUAACAUGAAACUCUGGGAGACAUCUGGGCAUGCUGCAAAUUACAGGGAUAACAUGUUUCUGCUUAAUAUUGAAAAGCAAGAAUUUGGGCUGAAACCAAUGAAUUGUCCUGGGCAUUGUUUGAUGUUCCAGUAUAGAGUUCGCUCUUACAGAGAACUUCCUAUUCGUAUGGCAGAUUUUGGUGCCCUGCAUCGCAACGAGGCUAGUGGUGCACUCACAGGGUUAACUCGCGUUCGUAGGUUUCAGCAGGAUGAUGCUCAUAUCUUCUGCAGAGAGGACCAGAUAAAAGACGAAGUGAGAGGUGUCUUGGACUUCAUUGAUUAUGCAUAUAAAAUAUUUGGAUUCACUUAUGAGCUGAAGCUCUCUACGAGGCCGGAGCAAUAUCUAGGGGAGGUGGAAACAUGGGAUAAAGCUGAGGCUGCUCUGACGGAAGCAUUGAAUGAAUUUGGGAAGGCGUGGCAGAUAAAUGAAGGGGAUGGUGCUUUUUAUGGUCCUAAGAUAGAUAUCAGUGUAUCUGAUGCAUUGAACAGGAAAUUCCAGUGUGCCACAUUGCAGCUUGACUUCCAGCUUCCAGAUCGUUUCAAGUUGGAGUUCUCUGCUGAGGAUGAAACCAAGUUAGAAAGGCCAGUGAUGAUACAUAGAGCAAUCCUGGGAUCUGUGGAACGUAUGUUUGCUAUACUAUUGGAGCAUUACAAGGGGAAGUGGCCUUUCUGGCUUAGCCCACGUCAAGCAAUUGUCUGUCCUGUGUCUGCCAAAUCAGUGGACUAUGCAAAACAAGUUAGUUACAGAUUCUCUUUAUAUGCUGUUGUUCAGAGUUCAGACUCAGUUUCUCUCUCACCUAGGCUCCUAGAGCUGAGUUUAUUAUAAAUUUCCAAGGGCUUAUCUUUUGAAAUUUGCGAUCGUUUAAUGGAGAGUUUGAUCCUCUGUCCUGUGUUUUUAUCUUCUUGUUAAUCUGUUCUCUAUCAUCCAACCUAAGCUUAGCAGAGAUAAUGACAUAUUCUUGCUUGAAUUACAGGUACGAGAUAGGAUUCAUCAAGCUGGAUAUUAUGCGGAUGCUGAUAUAACAGACAGGAAGAUCCAGAAAAAGGUAAGAGAGGCCCAAAUAGCACAGUACAACUACAUUUUAGUUGUCGGCGAAGAGGAAGCCAACACAGGCCAGGUGAGUGUGCGGGUCAGAGACAUUGCGGAUCACUCGGUGAUGAGCAUAGAGAGCUUGCUCCAACACUUUGCCGACGAAACUGCUGCAUUCCAUUAGCGGCUCGUACUCCAAAGACCACAAGCUUGCUUAUGUUGUUAGAGAUCGACUUGCGCAGGUUCUGCCUUCUAAGAUUAUUUACCAUUUGCCUGCCUCAUUUUGACAGUGUAGCAACGAACAGGAGGGUUGCUUGGGGUGAGUGAUGAAACAAAUGAUACAGGGAAGUUUCUUGACUGGUGUCUUUUGAAUGCUGUAGUUCUGCUGAACUCUUUUUUUCCCCAGCAGAACAACUGGUUUGCAAAUUUCCUAUCACUCGCUCUGUUAAAGUUCGUUUGUGACGUUUACAAACUGGUUCGGAAUCGCUUACAAUACAACGAUAGAGGAUGCACGAUUGGCGUGAUUCGGGGUACAUCAACCGUGUUUUAAUACAUGUCAUAUACUAUGUUGAUAUUGUGGAGACGAAAAGAGAACACUGAGAUGAUGGGAUAGGGUGAUGAUGUGGGGGGAGUAAGGGAUAGUGUGCAUAUUUCCAUAUUGCCAACCAAUAGAACACUAACUACAGUGGCAAGCAAUGAGUCGAGUCAUUAUGUAAUGGAGGUGGAUACAAUUGUCACCCAUUCUUGUGAAUGGGAAUCUUGGCCGCUGCCGUGGUACGAACCGGCCGACAAGCCAUGAUGAUGAUGAUGAGGCUAUGAAAGAAGAAAAGAAAAAAAAAAGAGAGCAAAACUUGUGAAAGAGAAGAAAAACUGGGCAGGGGAAAAAGGGGAAGAGAGGAAAUUAAGUCGUCGAUCAAUAAUGGUGGGGGAAAAAAAGGAGGAGGCAUCAUUGAACGUGCGAGCAAAAACGUUGUUCUGGACGCGGAAACGGUACUACUCGACGUUAAUACACACGUCAUGCUCUGUUCUAUGAUAUAAUCUCUAUCCCAGUAAACCCUUUCCUUGCGUGAUUAAGACCUUUUAAUAAAAAGUGUUGAAUGAUCAAAGAUAAUAUAUAGUAGUUAAAAGAAAGGGCUUUUUUUCUUGUUUGGGAAAGAAAGUGAAAAGAAGCAGAU